CCAAUAGGAAAGCGGGAGGAUUGUGCGCCGAACGGCGGGUGACGGUGAAUAAAUAGGCGUGCCGCGAAGACUUUGCUAGCAUUUGCUUUUUAACCCAUAUUCUCAGUUGGUUGCACAUUCAGCAUAGCAGGAUGCCGGAUCCAGCUAAAUCCGUGCCUGUUCCGAAGAAGGGCUCCAAGAAGGCCAUCACCAAGACGCAGAAGAAGGGCGACAAGAAGCGCAAGAAGAGCCGCAAGGAGAGCUAUUCCAUCUACGUCUACAAGGUGCUCAAGCAGGUCCACCCGGACACGGGCAUCUCCUCCAAGGCCAUGAGCAUCAUGAACUCCUUCGUCAACGACAUCUUCGAGCGCAUCGCGGCCGAGGCUUCCCGCCUGGCGCAUUACAACAAGCGCUCCACCAUCACCUCCCGGGAGAUCCAGACCGCCGUGCGGCUCCUGCUGCCCGGGGAGCUGGCCAAGCACGCCGUCUCCGAGGGCACCAAGGCCGUCACCAAGUACACCAGCUCCAAGUAAUUCCUUAAUUGGCACAACAGCUUUUUAAACAAACCAACGGCUCUUUUAAGAGCCACCCACUUUCUCUGCAAAAGAGCUAAAUUUGCUAGA